GUCGCGUUUCCGUGAAUUCUUUUCAUCCCAAUAGAACCCCUCCCGAGAAUCAGAGAAGCGCUCCGAAGACUAUGGUAGAACCACCAUAAAACCACUGACGAAGUAGCCGAAGAAAAGAAAAGCUCAGACAGUGCAGACAUGACCAAUCGCUUUGCCUCCUCGAAACUCUAUUCUUCUCUCUUCUCUUCUAAAGUGAACCCAUUUUCUGCGGCUUGCUUUUCCACACACAUUGUUGGUGAAUCCCCAGUUCUUGUCAGGGAUUUUAUUCAUGCGGCUUUGUAUGAUCCGGAACAUGGGUAUUUUUCUCAAAGAUCAGGCUCAGUUGGAGUGCUCGAUAGAAGCAUUAAGUUCAAUCAGCUCGAAGGGCGAAAAGCUUAUAUGAAGCACCUGGACGCAAUCUACAAGCAGAGUGAUACAUCAUGGUUUACUCCAGUUGAGCUUUUUAAGCCUUGGUAUGCCCAUGGAAUAGCUGAAGCAAUUAUGCGGACUGCUAACCUAUCUGUUCCACUGAAAAUAUAUGAGAUUGGAGGUGGAUCAGGAACUUGUGCAAAGGGUGUAAUGGAUUACAUAAAAUUAAAUGCACCUACAAGAGUUUAUGAGAAUAUGUCUUACAUUUCAGUAGAAAUCAGUUCUUCACUUGCCAAGAAACAACUAGAAACUGUUGGAGCAGUAGACAGUCACUUGGCAAAGUUUAGGGUAGAGUGUCGUGAUGCUGCCGAUGCAAAUGGAUGGGGUCUCGAGCAACAACCUUGUUGGGUUAUCAUGUUAGAGGUGCUUGAUAAUCUUCCACAUGAUCUUAUCUACUCUAAGGAUCAAGUCUCAUCUUGGAUGGAAGUAUGGGUUGAGAACAAACAUGACAGGUCAGCACUGUCUGAGCUGUAUAAGCCUUUAGAAGACCCGUUAAUUGCAAGUUGCAUGGAAAUCCUGAAUUUGGCAAAAGAUGGUACUACUGUUGGAAGCAUGGCAGGUUCAGUUGCCAAAAAUAUUUGGGCUAAAGUUUUUCCUCGGCCUCGAAGAUGCUGGCUACCAACCGGUUGUUUAAAACUUUUACAAGUUCUACAUGGUGCUUUACCAAAGAUGUCUUUGAUCGCAUCCGAUUUCAGUUACCUUCCUGAUGUAAGAAUACCUGGUGAACGAGCUCCACUUGUUGCAAGCAAGAAAGAUGGCAAUAGCUCAGAUCACAGCAGUUAUCUGGAUGCAAAGGGUGAUGCUGAUAUAUUUUUCCCAACAGACUUUUGGCUUCUGGAACGUAUAGAUCAUUAUUGCUCUGGAUGGUUGAAGCCACAUGAAGAUAAUUCUUCCAAGAAGGGAAAGAAGAGGCGCACUCUUACGCUCGAUACCUCAUCUUUCAUGGAAGAAUUUGGUCUUCCCUCCAAGACAAGAACCAAGGACGGAUACAAUCCGAUGCUGGAUGAUUUCAAGAAUACUAAGUUCUAUCUGAGUGUUCCUACGCAUAAUAUCAAAUAGAUAGCUUGGAGUAGUAAAUCAACAUCAAUUUACAAGAAUCCUCAGGUGUGUUCAGAGAAGACAUUUCUGGCAUCUUGCCUAAAUUUAAAGAGGAAAAAAAAAAAAAAAGGACACCAAAAUCUCACCAAGUUGGGGGGGAUUACUGCAGAUCGUCGAGAUCAUGAUGUUUGAAGAUUUGUGGUUUAUCAACGAUGGCAGUACUAUGGACAAAAGCACUAGGGUUAAGCAGUUUCGUCAGUGUCUACUGUUAUUCAGCACAGAGGACGGACAACAUGGGACAAGCAUUCCGAAGGCAUAAUUUUGAUCGACACGAGAAUUCUUUCACAUUUGAAGAGUUGCACUGCAGCUGAUAUGUUGGUAAACUGAUUCUCAAUGGUGGACAUAUAGGAACCAAGAAAUUGUGAACUGAAGAGGUACUAUGAUUUUGGUUGAGGAAUGUAGAAUAGCAGUUGUAUUAAUUAUUUGCUUAUUUCUUAUGGGCAGCAGCCGAAGGAUGGAUAUCAUACAUUUGCAUUUCUUACGAGUCAUACAAAAACCCAUUUUCCUUCUGUGUAUAAGUGAACCAAUAAGCCUAUGCAUGAUCAAGUGGUGCAUUGUUAAGGCCUUUUUGCCUUUGCACUAAUUUCAACUUCACUUCAUCUGAUUAAGGUUUAAGAGGGUGUUUGUUUAGAUGA